AUGAGUAACCGUUCCUUUUUUUACAAGACACUAUCUAUAUAUUAUAGAUAUAGAUUAAGCUAUUAUUCAGCAAAUUUUGGGCGGCAAGAUAAAUAUUCAAAAGAUUCGGGAGUUGUUAUCAGAAACUUUAGCAAACUCAUAAUACACCCUAAUUAUAAUAAGUUAAAAAGAUUCGAUUCCGACAUUGCGUUAGUAAAAUUAAAUGAAAAGAUAUCAUUUACAGACAAAAUUCAGCCAGCAAGACUUCCAAAUAAUGACGUUAAUAAUUUAUCGAAUGAUGCCUAUUGCUGUGUGGCUGGUUGGGGAAAAACAGGAGGCUAUGGAAAUGAAAACGCUUUGAAUCAAGCCUGUAUCGAUUAUAUUGAUACUAUAACUUGUAAUAGUUCAAACAUAUAUAACGGACAUUUAACAAAUAAUAUGUUCUGCGCAGGUUUUGCUGAAGGAGGUACGGAUAGUUGUUCGGGUGACUCAGGUGGACCAUUAAUGUGUUUAGAAAGUGAUUGGCUUUUAACGGGGAUUACUUCUUGGGGUGAAAGUUGUGGAACGAAACCGGGUGUAUAUACCAAAGUAUCCAACUUUUAUAAAUGGAUAACGUCCAAGAUCUCAACGAAUUAA